AGACACUUCUCAUCUGCCAAUUCAUCUCCUCUUCAUUAUCAUCUCAUCUUCCGUGGACUCAUCAUCGGAUCUUAAGGACACAAAGAAGAAUGGGUGGGAUGUGCAUGUCUUCGUGUUGUAGUGGUGGUGGUGGUGGUGGUGGCGGCGACGAUGGUUCUAGUUUACUAUUACAUCUCCUCAUCAUGGUGGUCGUCUGCCUCUCUGUCAUGGCUGUCUGCACCUCCAACGAACGCCGUACAUCCGUUCGUGUUUCCCGGUGCCGUUGACCAACCAUCUAUGUAUAUCAGAUCACACCAACUCUACAGAAAAAGAUUACUUCGGAUCCUUUUCUCUUAUACAUACAUAUUGGUCAGAAUGAUAUAAAAUCACAUAUUCUCAACCGAGUUUUCACCAUACAACAAACUAUGUGGGUAAAAUUGAAAUAACGUCAAAUAUGCGGGGCGUUUUCGAAAGUUGACCUUCUUUGUGUUUGGUGAUGAAGAAGAAGAUCACAUAUCAUCAGAACACUGUUCUGCGUCUUUUGAAUAAUUUUUCUUCAUAGAAACAGCAUUGUACUGAGUUAUAAAGAAUGUCUCUUUGUUCUUCCUUCAACGUAUUCACUUCCUAGUUCCUACUCAGCAUAGAGGCAAGAGACGCUGAAAAAGUUGCAAGACGCUAAUGUGUGGUUCUCAGUUAGAUAGAUGCUCUGGAAGAGUCUGCGGAGGAUCUAGGCUUAGGUAUCGACGUUCCUUGUGUUGGAGAAGCUGCUGAGUAUGGGAAGAUCGGUAGGCAUAACGCCUCUGAGAGUAUGUUGAUUCUUGAUUCAGAGACGGGAUAGUGUAGUGAAGAGAAGGGGGUCAAGAGCUCGUCGAACACUUCUUCUUGCGAGGAAGUUUCAUGCAAAAUGAAUUUUGACCUGUGUAGUAUGUAACUGAUGAGAUUAUAAAAAUGAUGUAUCUGUAAAUUUGAGACAUUCGUAGAUCCAAACAGCCAUAGAAAACACGCAUUGCAACUUAUAUAUUGCCUGAGUUUUCAACAGAUCUUUGAAAACAUAUAAAUCCAGGUAGGGUUUUCCCCUGGAUCGAGAGUAUAUUAUACUACAUGACAAUAUAACAAUAUAAGAACAACAAACAAAUCGAAUCAUGAAGAAGACAAAUGUAUGUUCUGCUUUUGUGACCAAUCAAUCUUUCUUUAGUCCCUUCUUGUUAUAUAACCGAUCAUCAAUCUUUGCCACUGUUUUUUUUAUAGCAACAAGAAGUUCUUGCUCGCUUGCUGGUGGCAAUAA